AGCGUGAAAAUCCAGUUUGCUGUUUUGAAGAACGGCAUAUCUUCAGGUACGUUUUAGUCGAUGCUUAUUUUACUGUUUCUGUUUUAGUCCUAGUGUCAAUCCGUUCCCCGCCACCUAGGUAGAAUAGACCUUAUUCAAGAUACCAGCCAUCUUUGCACGCGCUUUAGGAUAGAUGGGAUAUAGGGAAUGUCACGUGGGGGCAAACAAGUGAUAAAAUUUACCAAAACGAGUUAUCAUGGUUGAGUUUCCUUAUUCUGUCAAAACGGGACAACGGUUUUUUGAUCUACAAGUUUUACACGGUAUGUCAUUAUGGCUUGCUGUAAGGACAUCUACGGCCGCUACUGCAUUUAUCGUCUUAAGCAUAAAAAGUACUUUGUUUUCGGUUAUCUAGAAUAAACGAACUCUACGGCGAUAAUUCUCACACCUGCUGGGGCACAUUCUCUCCCUGAGAAACUUUUUGACAUUGCUCUAUCCCAUCAAUCCUAAGCACGUGCAAAGAUGGCGGCUAUCGUGAAUAAGGUCUCUUGAUACGUUUUUUCUGGGUAGGUACUAUAUCAUCAUCACCAUCAUCAUUAUCAUCAUCAUCAUCAUCGUUAUUAUUAUUAUUAUUAUUAUUAUUAUUAUUAUUAUUAUUAUUGUUGUUGUUAUUACUUUUCUUUUUUUAGCUUUACCGCUUUCAGGAUGGAAUGUGACUGUUUUGAUGUCCAGUCAUUUUGGUCUUAGCGUUCAGUGGUCUGCACUUCGCACGAACAUUGACCGGACUGCCAGGUUUUAUUUGAUUCUUAUUAAAAGUCCUGCGGGAAAUUUACUAGCUGAAGAAACUGUCCCAGGAAGUACGACAACUAAAGUUAUUACAGGCUUAAGACCUUCUACAAGGUACCGAAUCGGAGUGUAUGGAAUUGACGAGACUGGACAAGCCUACAAAACCAGUGAAAGUCUGGCUUCAACCAAUGAUGGUAAACUAACACAUUUUGGAAAAUAACUGAGAUUGUAAGCACGAUCUCAUUGGUCAAAACCUAUGGUUUAUCAUACCGGUAAACCCAUAGAAAAAGGCAUCCAGACCACGAGCCAUACACAAAACCGGCUAUUGAUCGGCAAACAACGAUUUUCGAAAGACUCAAAAACAGAACGAUUUACUUACACAGCCCUUCUUAAUAUUAAAAAUCGUUGGUUUCUAAGUUUUAUUACUGAGCGUCACAAUUCGCUACUGCCAUGCCAUACCUUUAAAAGUUAUAAAGUACAAAGCUGGAAAGCAGUUUACAUUUCACGACGACGCCGAAUCGCAGAGAAAGACAACAACUGUGUGAAUUUUUGGUUUAGAAAGUCUCUAGGAAAACUUAACCAAUGCCAACCAGCAAAAAAUCGGACAGAUUUAGCAUUUUUGAAAUAUUUAUGCCAAAGUUAAAUUCCUGAGUUAAAAUUCCCGCAGGUUGUAAACAAGCUGUAAACGAUGAUGACAGAUGUCAGAGUUUCGCGCUGUUUUUUUUUUUUUUUUUUUUUGCACGAAUCGUUCGAUAAUAUCGAUGCCAUAACCUUCUUCAAACCACCUGACUUCACAAAUCGACAAAUAUUAACGCCAAUAUGUGGCUACGGCAAAGAAACCUUUCUCUAAAUUUAGAGCUACCACUGAGAUAUUUCCAUCGGUCGCUGUACAGUGUACGUAAGUUACAUGCCACAACUUCCCAAAUGCAGCCACGUCCUUACCGCAGCAUUUCUUGACCAUGAAAAGACCAAAAAACAGAUCUUAAACCACUGCAGCUUGUAAAAAGGUGAAUGGAGUCCUCCAUUACAAUAGCUGCCAGUUCCGUCUGUAAGCACGAAAUUGCGGAUCGACUCAACAAAAUACAGCUGCGUACUGUUUGAUGCUCAAUUUUCUACAUGUAUAUAGUAAACAAACCAUGAACGUAUUCUUUCAUUGUACGUUCGCAUGAAUAUGUAUAUACUUUUCCUGUAAAACAGCUUUCAUAAGUUAUCAUGUAAUGAGUGCAAAAACUCGUAUUUUGAAGUGCUGCUGUUUUUUGUUUGACUGAACUGAAUUUUGAGAAAGUUCGGCGCUACUAAAUCGUGAGUCAAGAUUGGCUUGUGAAAACCACAUUUUUUACCUAAAACACUCCGUUCUACCAAAAGUGAUUUUAUAAAAGCAAUAGACCACACUUUAUAUGGGUUUACCGGCGUAAUAGCCCACUUGGGAUGUUGGUAGAACACUCGAAAAGCUUGUAAAUUACUCGCCUUCGGCUCGUGAUUUACAAGCUUUUCUCGUUUUGCUUAAUUGCACUGCAUUAUAUUUCUUACUACAUUCAAUACAAACGAAGAAAUUUUAACUUAAGGACAGGCUUAGGUUCUCUAGUAACAAUAAUGAUAAUGUAGUGAUCCCCAGGGUAUAUUUUUACGGGUAGCGUUUUAAAUGAAGUACAAUUUGAAUCCGCUCUUCGAAGCUGGUCAUUCACGUGGUACAAAAUCGCCCUGCUGGAGACCAAGACAAACAAGACAAACAGAGAGGUCACAUCAUUUAAAAUAGUAAUAUCCUUUUUUGUCUUGCCCCAGUGAGUCUCUUGCUCUUCAGCAGGAUAGUUUUUAUAUCAAGAGAAUGACAGGCCGCAAAGUGCCCAUUGGGACCUGACAAAAUUAGUCGUUUGACCCAUUUUUUGGACGCCACCUAAGAUAUUCAAGGAAUCAGGGAUUUUUUUUUUUAAUAUUCAGGUCUUGACUCUAAUUUAAUCACGGCCUUAUGUCGCCGUCUCGAAUGGAAGUUUGGUUUUAAAAGAUUAUGAUUCCUUCGACGGAAAGGGAAGGCGCAUCCAGAUUUGAUGUCCUGCGGCGUGAACACGUACUUUCAUAAUUAUGUAUGUAAGUGCCACGAAGGUUCAUAUUCCCUGCUUGUAGCCUUACUUCCAUACCUGAGUUUAUAGCUCACUCUCAGGUGGCUGCUAAAAAGUACCUGGCCACAAACUAAAAUCUUGAGCAAAGACUUGGGACACUUUUGCAUUUCUGGGGUGUUUUCCAAUUCACUGCACAGACCCAUCCCCUCCCCUCACCCCACAAACAAAUGUUGGACGCAUGUAUCCAGAAUUUUUCCCUAGUUUCAACUUUGUAUAGGUUGGCGGAGGGAGGCGGGGAGAACUGUCAGAAAAUUUCGAAAUACUGCAUUUCUGUCCCAAGGACUUUGGUCCAUAAUUGUCGGCUUUUUCAAUGAUUUAUCCGAUGGAAUCGGACGAAAGCUUUUGCCCUUUUCUGAUGUAAUAAUUGAUAUUUUUUUACAAUUUUUCCUAUUGCAUAUAGUAUUUUGUGGCUCUCGACCAAGCGCUAGUAGUCUAAUUGUUGGUGGUUCAGUUGCAAGAGUAAAUAGCUGGCCGUGGCAGGUGAUGUUGAUUGGAACUUAUGGCCAGUUGUUUUGCGGAGGAUCGUUAGUAGAUCCUUAUUGGGUGGUGACCACAGCAAAUUGUAUUAGCGGAAAAUCGCCGUCUUCCAUCAAAGUAAAGUAAGUUAUGCUUAAACUUUUUCAAAACCAGAAGCAUAACCCCUUUCGGCUAACGUAAUGUUGUACUCAAUUCAAAUCUCCCGGGGCUAAGACGUCAAAUGACGCAAACAAAGACGCCAAACUUUAAAGAGUUAUUCCCUCUAAUAUAUAGAUUUAGCCAAGGCUGAAAGCGAAGCGUCCAUUUAUAUAUAUUUAACUACCUAAAAGUAAAAAGUGACUUUAAAACUUAAAGAGACAAAUAUAAAUUAAAAUCGAUCACAGUAUUAGUCUUGGAAAGAAUUUUUACCCCUGCCGUUUGGACCCCAACCACCCAACUAAACCCCUUUGAGAAGCUCAAAGCCCGUGAAUUUUUAAUCGUUCAUAUAGGUUGUUUGUCGUUCACGAAAAUCUUUGGCUACGUCCAGUGCACAGUCACGGUUUAUUAUAAGCUUAAGCUUUCUUUGCAAAAUCGGACCGACAAAGCCUUACGAGUAAUCUACCCUUUAGAUUAUACAUCACAAUAUAGAUCCGAUACUCAGUAACUUUUACUGUACGUAAGUUAUACUUUUUGUUUCUUCUGGCGAAAAGACCCAUCUGUAAGAACAUUUCCAGGCUGAAACUCCUCAGAAAAUAAGAACAGUCCAGCCAUAACUCGAAAAAUGAACGUUCUUGUUUUAUUUGUUUGUUUGUUUUUUAGUCCGCUUGUGAGGCUUGGCUUUUGAAAUAGACGAACGCGCCUCGAAGGAAGGCUUUCGCUAAUUAUCUUAACUUUUUACAUGAAAGAUGUACCGGCAAUCACAAGAACUGGGUAUUCUCGACCUCAGUUCUUCACUACAUAUUAUGAAAUUAAUAUAUUAAAUGAUUAAGUUCAUAAUAAGCUUUUUCCUAAAAUACGCCUGACUUUACGACAAAACUCAAGGGGGGCAAAAUUGUAAUUGUCACUCACCUUGGAUGUAGCUUCUAAAACCGAGUAAGUGAGGCCCCAAACGUUUCCUGUACUAUGAGGCCUGCAAGUUCGACUUGAAUCCCGUGGCGAAGUCUUCCUCAAUCCAAACUAAAUAAACAAACCAGCUUCGAAUAACAGAAGAAUCUUGAUAGCAGCUGUAUUUCAUUUUGUGACGGCAGUGUAGGAAUACGAAUAGAUAAAAGUGUGAAAUGUUGAAAGACAUUUCCUGUAGUCCGCAGAAAGAGCCUGCAUGAACUGUCACAAACGCAGCCAUCGAUGAAUCCCUUUUCGACACUUUCUUCGACGAAAACCUAAACAUUAAACAAUUCAAGAAAGAAAUGGAAACUUGACAGCAGUUGUAUUCCAUUUUGUGGUGGUAAGAGAAGGACACGACAAUUGCAAAAGUUAACUGAAAUGAAAAAUAGGCUUCAGUUGUCGGCAAGUCUGACGGCAAACAAAUUUCCAGACGUUGCAUAAGUGUUCAUUCAUUAAUCAACCUGUCAAAAAUGUGACCAAGCGGAGAGAGGGGAAGACUAGGUUGUCACUGGAGUGUGACCAAAAGCGUGAUCAAUGAAAAAGUAAAGCCUUAGAAAUCUAUUUUCGAACAUUUUUGCGUAGGUCAAACACAAGAAACUUCAAUUUAGAUAUCUACUCGACCAACUCUGUUGGCUACCCCUAAAAUGGUUAAUUUUGUGCCAAACGAAACGCAACAUCAGUGUCUGGGACUCCCUUCCCUACCUUUCUAAGUGUUCUCAAGAUGGAAACUUAGCCGAUGUAGAAAAAUCCUCUAGCUAUUAAACGUUACAGAAAAAUCGUUUCCAAGAAAAGCAAAGAAAAGCAAGGAUUGCCCAUUUUCAUUUCGCGCCUAAGCAUUGUCUCCCCACUACCUCCCCCAAGGUCCGUACUAACGUACGGGCGUCGGUGACGUCGUAACAAAAAUUUCUGGCAUCAACAGGUUACCAAAUUCUCUUAGCACUGUAGCUUCGCUUUUAUACAGACACCUCUAUGAUGCGGUCACCUAACUCCGUAUUGAGGAUGUUUGACUGUAGUCGUAGUUCUUGUGGUAAUGGGAGAUUGGGGUGGGUUGGUUGUUGAGUAGCCACAUCAUAGUGGUAAGUAAAUUAUUGAAGCCCAUCAUCUGCCUCCAUGUACGUAUUUACUAAGCCUUCAUCACGCUAUAAGCUUGACCGCAAAUAACUGGCGAACUAUAAUCAAAUUCUGUUUUGAACACUUUCCCACUGGCCAUGCAAUUACCUGUACAUUCCAUUGUGUUAAUUUGGUUGCGACUGAUCCAUACAGUCAUAUUACCGCCACAUUUUUGACAUAAUCGAGCUCUCUUUGUAUUGUCCUAAGUUAUAAGUGAUUUCUAUCCUGACAGCAUGCAGCAGCAGCUCGCAUUUUUGGCUGUGAUUUGUGUUACUCUGCGUGCAUUAUUUACUGACUCUGGCUGCUUAAAUCAAUACACAACCGCGAUCACAUUGGUCCUGGAAAGGAUAAUCAUUAAGUUAGUUCAUAAAUGGCUUUGCGCUUUUGGUAUAAUCGUCAUCAUUAUCACAUAAUCGUCAUCGUUGUAGUUUGUGAUAUAAUUAGCAAUUAUUGAAUUCGGCUUUGGUAGGAUAUGAAGAAUUCUGCAAAUGGAGGAGGGUGUUAUCGGCUGAGGUGGAUAACACCCUCCUCGAUCUGCAGAAUUCUUCAUAUCCUACCAAAUCCGAAUUCAAUAAUUAUUUUAUUAUUCAUUCUAAAUAAGUCCAAGUUUAAAAACAAGCUAAAUCCUGCGUACUUCGGUCGAUGUUAAGUUGAUAUCGAUAGCGUAUCUUUAUCAGCAAGUUUAGGAGAUAAAGGUCUAAUCUACUCUGAAUAUGAGAUGUCGUCCGUCGAGGUUCUUCUUGCUGUUCUUUAGACAAUAUUUCGCCGUGAAACGAGUAAAAUGUUUCGCCGACUUUUCAGCCAUUUUGUUCUCAAUAUCAAAACAACGCAACCUCAUCCCCAGGUUUUCUCGGUUACCGGUUCAAUAAUUUGCAACUUGGGCUGCACUUUUGACGUCAUCGGUCCAAUAUGACAAAACUCUUUCCAAUUUUGGUCAACAGGAGCUCUUUAUGAUGAAUUAUGCGUGUGCUUUUGGCCAAUCAGAAAUGGAGAAAUAUUUGGAAUGAAUAAUAAUUGCUAUUAUUCACUUUUGGGUAAUAUUAGUAAUUUCAGGCUAAAUAUUUUUAUACAACCCCAUUACCGGGGUCUUGUCCUCAUUGUCCCCCAGAGCGGAAAAGAGAGGACCGUGGGGCGAAUAGGAGGGGAGGCUAGGAAUGAGUUUGUAUUGUUUGCCCUUCUGCCUUCUGUCGGACUAGUUAAAUUAAUUAACUAAUUUUGCAUUCAUUUAUUUAUUCCUUCAUUUAUUUUUUUUCGUAGGUUGGGAGCCCACUACACAACAAGCGGUAGUGUUGGAACAGAACAGGAAAUCGAGGUCGCACAAAUCAUCAAGCAUGAAAACUAUAAUAACCCGUUGAGCUAUAGCAAUGACAUCGCCCUGAUUAAGCUCUUAAAACCUGCAAAUCUUGGAGUAGGCAUCGGGCUUGUCUGCCUCCCUGAUAUGCGCCACGCUCUUCCUUUUGACAAUUUGAACAGAAAGUGCUGGAUAACGGGCUGGGGUACAUUGUCUUCAGGUGGGUCCCACAAAAAUGCACUCAUGGAAGCUCAGAUUUCAUUGGUCUCCAGGCGACGUUGUCUUUAUUCCUACACUGGAAAAAUUGAUGAUUCCAUGUUCUGUGCUGGCCCGGAUGCAGGAGGCGUUGACACUUGUGUAGGAGAUAGUGGUGGCCCAUUGGUGUGUGAGUUUAACGGUACAUGGUUUCUUGAAGGUGUAACAAGUUGGGACUACAGUUGUGCGUAUGCUUCAAAGUAUGUGGUUUAUGCUUACGUUAGAGAUCUGAAAGCAUGGAUAACAAACCAUAUUUAUCAAGCAGUGCUGCCUAGUGUCUCGCCACAAAAUCUAUCGGUGUCUACGUUAAGUGAGUAUACGAAAAUAGCUUUUAUUACAGCUUGA